AUGAGGCGCGGCGGGUGGCCUAUUCGGAAGAUAUCGCAGGGCAGCUUUGAUGCAUUUCUCGGCACGUCGCCGGCGGGAUGUGAAUGGAAGCGAGCCAUUCGAGAGAUUUCGAUCGAACAUCUCCUGGACGAGAAGGAACUUCUCGACUCGAUAAUGGCUAAUGAGGAGGUGGAACGACAUCCCGAUUCGAAGGAGACGAACUUAUUGAAAAAAGCGGUGCUGCAUGAAGCUUUUACUCAUUUUGACAUGGUCUUCAAGGAUGCGAAAUACGAGGAAUUGAAGGUCGGAAUCUCGCCAGGCCGUGUCAACCUCAUCGGGGACCAUGUGGACUACGUUGAUGGCUUCGUCCUACCUAUCGCCCUUCCCCUCUACACCGUAGCCCUUGGCCGCCCAGCCCCUCCUGGACAUCGCUACACCAGAAUUCACGCGUCUUACACUGGGGAAUUCGUUGACCUACGCCACGAUAUCGACUAUCAUCAGAAUAAGGAGCUGGUCCCGAAAUGGGCCCGAUACAUCCUCGGAAUCUUCGCCCUCCAUAAACCCGACUUUCCAUUAGACGUUGUAAUCCAUUCCAACAUCCCCGUCGGCGCCGGGUUGAGCAGUUCGGCGGCUGUGGAACUGGCGCUUUACUUUUUAUUUGAUCAGUUUAAUAAAGUCCACCUAACCACCGAAAAAGUGGCAAUGCUUUGCCAAAAAGCGGAGCACGAGUUUGCCGGAGUACCGUGCGGAAUUAUGGACCAAUUCGUUUGCUCACUAGCCCAUGCUGGUCAUGCCUUGAAAAUAGAUUGCUCAAAUCUAGCCUACGACAGAAUUCCGCUCGAAAUCACGCGUGAUGCGACAUUCGUUGUGGUGGAUUCACGGGUAAAACAUUCACUUGCCGCCGGGGAAUACGCUAAAAGAAGACAGGCAGUCGAACAAACUCUACAGGCCAUAAUGGGAGCAAAAUCGUGGCGAGACGUCACCGAAAAAAAGCUUGAAGAAUACUAUGCAGAACUCUCGCAUGAGGAACGCGAUUGUGGCAUGCAUGUUCUAGGCGAGAUUCGCCGAACUGAAGAGGCCGCCACCGCCCUCCUCAGCAAUAAUAUUAAACUUUUCGGCGAGCUGAUGUGGGAGAGUCACGAUUCACUCAAAAAUCUCUACAAAGUGUCUUGCAUCGAGCUGGACGAGCUCGUCGAUAUUGCGAAGGGUUGUGAAGACGUUUGGGGCGCCAGGAUGACGGGUGGCGGGUUUGGCGGUUGCAUUGUCGCGCUGGUCAAGAAAUCUGGGGUCAACGGCUUUAAGAAAUUGAUUGAGGAAAAAUACUCCGGGUCCCCUCACUUCUUCGACGGAAUCCCGGUAAAUGGCGCCGGCACCCUGGACCCGAAUGCAUUUUUG